UCAAUAAUAAUAAUUUAUGACUAAGAUAAAGAAAGGUGUAUUGAAGAUUUUUAAUCUAAGAUAAGAUAAACUGUACACGUUUGUCGUUGUCACUUCAACAUGAGGAAAUGUAUCAACUGGUUGAUUGUUUCUAUCGUCGGUAUAUUUGUUGCCGUCAUCGCUUUCGCAUUCAACCUAUGGAUCCUCCCCAUGUUGGUGCACUACCAAGUCGGGAAGACGCUGGCUUUAAACCCAAACACGGACAUUUGGGAAUUAUUCACCGUGACUCCGAUCCCGAUUUAUUUCAGCGUUUAUCUGUUCAACCUCGUGAAUCCAGAAGGGGUGCUGAGAGGUGAAAGACCAGAAGUGAAACAAGUCGGACCUUAUGUUUAUAAGGAAUUCAAGGAAAAGAAAGACGUCAAGUUAUCUGAAGUCGAUGACACCGUGGAAUACCAUCAGUACACUUGGUACCAUUUCGACGCUAAGGCUUCAUACCCGAGGACCGAAGACGAUGAAAUAACGCCCAUCAACAUGUUUAUACACGUGAUUGCCGGUCUGUUGGGAGAGCUGAAAUAUUUGGACGUAGCCGACGAAAUUUUGGAUCUAGCGUUUCCAGACAUAUUUGGAGAAAUGUACACGCCGGCUCUGAAGACGACACCGAGGAAGCUUUUGUUUUCUGGGAUCGAGCUGACGUGCAACAACAAAACCGCGUCUCUAGCUUCGAAAAUUAUCUGCAGCGGGGUCAAAAAUUUCCCGGGACUGGAUAAAAUCCUGACUGUGACCCCGAACGGAAACAUAAAGGGGUCUAUUUUCGGAUUUAAAAAUGGAACUCACAACGGCCUUUUCAAAGUGAGCAGGGGUAUCAAAAGCAUAGAUCAACUAGGUAAAAUCGUGGCAUGGAACGGCAAUUCCACACUUUCCAACUGGGGAGGGCCAGAAUGCAAUAAAAUAAAAGGAAACGACGAAACCCUUUUGCCACCUUUUGUAACAACAAGCACACAGAUUCAGCUCUUCAACACGGACAUCUGUUCGUCGAUAAGUAUUCUCUAUACGGGAACAGCAGUUUUUCAAGGGAUAAAAGGCUACAGGUUUGUAAUCGAUCCGAAAUUUAUGGGCGAUGUCAAAGAGUAUCCAGAGAAUUACUGUUUCUGCCCUCAACCGAUCCAAGGCAUCACCAAACCCGGCGAAUGUCUUCACAAGGGAGUUUUUGACGUCUCUUCGUGCACUAAUUUGCCAACAAUUGUGUCUUUCCCGCAUUUUUACCGGGCAAGCGAAAUUUACCAGAACGUGAUCCACGGUCUGAAGCCGGAAAAGAAACUGCACGAGACGUUUAUUGAUAUUGAACCCACGACUGGAGUCCCUAUACGAGGAUACAAAAGAGUGCAGUUGAACAUACGAACCAAAAGGACGUCUGCAAUACGGAUGCUUACGAACCAAACCGAUGCUAUUUUCCCUUUGCUGUGGUUCGAAGAGAAGGCUGAACUAGGAGAUAAGGAAGUUUCGAUGCUGAGAGAUCAGUUGCUCAAAGUGUUGAAUAUUGCUGAUAUUAUCAAAUGGCUGUUCAUCGGGUUCGGUGUAGUGCUGGCGCUCCUUGGAAUCGCAAUGACAAUAAUCAGGGCAAAGGAAGACCGUAAAAAGAGAUUAAAAAUCUAAAAAAGGUUAUUUUUUAUUAUUCUUAACUUGUAAGGUCUUGGUUGAGAUAAAAAAGU